CUCGACGUUCGGGCUUGUUUCGGGCCGCUCUUUUGCGACAAGGGAAAACGGUGUGACGUCACGUGGUCGUGACAUCUAGCGGUCCGGGAGUCGUGCACGGUGCUGUGAGCACAGACAAAGACCACUUCGAUUCCACUCAGACCUCUCCUGUACUUCAUCUUCCGCCCCCGAACAUGGAUAUCAAUCCAGAACUAGCUGAAACCGGCGUAGAGACUCUUUCAUACGAUGAUAUUACCCCAUAUGACCAGCUUCCGCCUCCACCGCCCGCCGAACCUGGUCACGCCCAGCUCGCCGAUCGAAUAGGCAACACGAAGGUAUAUCUGCUCUCUGAAACGGCGGGGACGCGGCUAGGAAAGUACAGAGGCAAUGCCAUCCUGCUGAAGGGCACACCGAUCUCGCAUCUACCGACACAGAGCAUCUUUGCGUACGUCUCGCACUUUGACUCGCGCCCUAUGGCACUAGAGUGGAUCGACGACACGACAUGCAUCCUCGUGUUUCCGUCCAAAGCCGCUGCGCGGUCUGCCCACCGUCUCCUCACAAAGUCUAUCGCGGAGGAGCCGUCACUCGAGGACGGGUCCGUCACUGCGAAACCCAUCCCCGUCACACUGUGGCCUCCCGAAGACAGAAUCAACAAGAGUCUCGGGAAGGGGGAGGGGCUCAAGGGCGUGAUCCGCAUGCGAUGGGCCACGCGGCAGGACGUGAAGAAGCGCGGCGCGAAGAGCGAGAGCACGUUCUACAAGAAGUAUGGAGACAAGGCUGGGAAAGUUGGUCGGGGCGAUGAAGAUGAGACGGAUAGAGAUGAUGGACGGCAGCGGAAGCGGAGAAGAGGGGGCGAGCUGGAGGAACGGAUAGAGAAGGGCAAGUUGGACGAGGAGCUGGACUCGUUCCUAUCCAGAGAAGCGCGACCCGAAUCCCCUCCGUCAAGGAUGCGCUCGGACCGCAUACGGUCGAACGGGAAGUCCCUCCUAGAACGCACGUCCGCCGCGCCUACACGAUCGCUCGCCGAUCGCAUCAUCGCAGAUCUCCCUCGACGCGCGCGUUCUCCAAGGCGAGACAGGCGCGGUGGGCACGAGGAGAGGACGGAGCGGGAACGAGGGACUCCGCGGCCGCGGAAGACACAGGAAGAGCUCGAUGCGGAGCUCGACGCGUUCUUGCAAUCGAGAGGUUGA